AUGAAUCCCCAUCACCCGUCGAUGCUUGCUCGACAUAUAGAUGUGCUACGCAAAGUUUUUUCUAUCGACACCACCACCGAAGCACCGUUGAAGAAGCGAUGGAUUGGGGAGGAAAAAUGGCUGACCUUUGAAGCCCUAAUUCAUACAGAGGACCAUCGCCAAUGUCAAGUUCCUUAUUUAUUUAUUUCCCUCCCCCAAAUUCAACCUGAUUGGACUUUGGAACUACAAUUUUUGCGUCGAACGAUGGCCACACCAGAUGCUGACAAGUAUAUGCAACAUUUUGAGUUUGAUUUCAGAGCCAAUGUUUCUAUUUUUGUACAUUCAGUUGAUGAUUUAUACCGUCGCCAAUCUCCAUCAUCAAGCAAUCUCCAUCAGCCUCCAUCAUCAAGCAGAACUUCUCCAGCUUCCAUUAACAAUCUGACCACCGAUUGUCUCAGAAGAUGGUAG